AUGUCGAGGCUCGACUCUCUCCGCGCCGUGAUGGCGGCCUUCAUCGCCAUCGAUCUCGUCGUCGUGAUCGCGCGCCUCUGGGUGCGCAUCAAACUAACCAAACUUGGAUACGAUGACUAUGUUAUCCUCGUAGCCCUCGCAGGCUUCAUCAUCAUGUGCGCCUUCUGUUUCACGGCUCUCUCAUACGGCUUCGGCAUCACCGACCCGGCUGUGAUCGCCACCCUCCGCAACUACGACCAAAUGAACGCCUCCAAGUACUUCACGGUCUCCCAGAUCACCUACGUUGCCAGCUUUCCCAUUGUGCGUAUCAGCGUCGCCCUGGUCCUGCUCCGCAUCGUCCAGGAGAGCAUGCCGCGUGUAAAGCGCAUGCUAAUAAUAUCCAUGGUGAUCAUCGCCAUCUACGCCCUGGGCUGCCUUCUGGUCGACGUGUUACAGUGCAUCCCGCUGAAAGUGGUAUGGGGCGACGGCACGGGGAAGUGCAUGUCAUUCAAACACUUGGCGGGCUUGGGCUUUGCCGUGUCGGCUCUGGAUAUCGCUUCGGCGCUUUUCUAUGCAGUGCUGCCCAUCUUUUUGCUCAAGGGCUUGCAGAUCGGCCGGAGAACCAAGAUAGCUAUUAUGUUCUUGCUGGGACUCGGUGCUGUGACUGUAGUCAUCAGUGUCGUACGGCUUAGCAGUUUGGUCCUGAUCGUCAACGCCACCGACGUUGAAACUUCCUUAUCCCUCCAACUCGAGUCUUUUAUCUACUCGGUCCUUGAGUUCGGCGUAUCCAUCUUGACAGCCUCCUUAGUCGCUCUCCGUCCACUCGUCAAGUAUCUACCGUUCGGCAGUCAUGGACACAGCUCGGGUAAACGUGGGCCAUCCGCCGCGUACGCUCCAGGUGGAAUCCGCUCUGGUGGCACGACCGAUUUCGAACUGAACCGACGUGCUCACGGAUAUACCGCAGACGCGAUCCGACUCGACAGUGACGACGCGGAGAGUCAGCGGGAUAUAUUGCGAGAAGGGGAUGGCCAUAACAAAGUGUGGAAGCACCCCAAGAUUACUGUAACAUACGAUAGGGAUCCGAAGGGCGCAUAG